AUGGCAGGAGGUGGUUCUGUGAAUACCAAAGGCCUUUUGUUCAAGUUGAUUGGCUGGAACAACCGACCAGUGGCAAUCGCUGAACCUGUUCGUGCGGAAGUGAUUGAGCAACCACCAGGUCCUACAAUCCGAAGCAGCCCUUUGCGUUUCAUUUGGGGUCCCAAAUCACCAUCUAUCAGAACGGAUGAGCCAAAAGACGGUCAAACCACAGUACCACAAGCGUACACGAGCGUCAUCCGAGCGGAAGACAUUGACACUACAGCAGAAGCCAACCAAGAUAUAAUCGACAGACUGUUGCUCCGACGAGUGACGUGGUUGAGGUGUAUUUUCCUUCUCACAACCGACAUUUUAGGUCCAUUUCAAGCACCGUACGUCUAUUCGCAAGUUGGCUUUGUACCCGGCACAAUCGUGUUUCUGGUCAUGGGCGUGAUGGCAUACCUUACUGGUUGCAUUCUCAACGUCCUUUAUUUGCGAAUCGAUUCCGACAAGAUUCCUGUGCGUACAUUUGGCGAUAUUGUAUAUCGGAUUUGGGGAUUUUGGGGUAAGACAAUUGUUGACAUCUUUUUCAUCAUCCAACUCUUGUUCUCCUCUGGAUUGUUAUUACUUACGAGUGCACAAAAUAUUGGCUUGAUCAUUGAUGGGUCCCAAACAAACAAAGAUGGUUCCCCCCGCAAUCACGUUUGCUUCUCUGUCAUGAUCAUGAUCUUCAUGUUCAUCACGCUCUCGUUUUCCUUCAUUCGAUCAUUGAAGCCGAUCGGUAAACUGAGCUCAAUCAACUUGGCUUUGUCCUUUAUUGCGGUCAUCAUUGCUACAACAUUCAUCUACAUCUCACCGCCAAAUUACGAGCAAGCAAUGGCAUCGGCCGGUAUCCCAAAAGGACCCGUUUCUGCGGUCGCAUUCGUUUCGCUUCCGUUAGCGUCCAAGGUGAAUGGAAUCAUGAAUAUGGUGUAUGCCUUUGGAGGAAGUAUGCUUUUUCCCAACUUUUGUGCAGAAAUGCGAAAGCCUUGGGAUUUCUAUAAAUCCUACUUUGUUGCGGAAACGUUGAUUGUCAUCUUCUAUAUCCUCGUUGGCAUUGUUAUAUAUGCUCGUCAAGGUCAAUUCACCCAACCGUUGUUCUACUACGGUGUAAGCAAGUAUGCAUAUCAAACUGUUGGAAAUGCGAUUGCAACAUAUGGUGGCGUGGUGGCAGCCUUGCUGUACGGAAAUAUUGUCCAAAAAGAGGUAUACCACCUUGUUGUGCGUACUUGGUUCAAAGGACCUCGAUUGAUGUCACGUCAAGCAUAUCCAUACUAUAUGAUCGGCAAUGUCUUUGUUUGGGGAACUGCAUAUGUCAUUGCUGCAUCCAUUCCACAAGUGGGAACAGUGGCCGGGGUGAUUGGUGCGGCAACCGUUCUUCAAUUUUCCUUUUCAUUCCCAUUUUUGAUGAAAUUGAGCUUUGAUAUGCAAGUUGAUGCGAUGAAAGGCGAUCAUCCCUAUGCACCUGGCGCAUUAGGCAAAUAUGAUCAUCGAGUUGAUACUUGGAGACAAUGGUCCCGUUGGCAUCGUGCCAUUUUUAGUGGGAAUGUCUAUAGCAAAGCUAUAUUUUUGGUAUUUGGUUUGGCUUCCGUAGCUAUGGCCGGAUUAGGGCUUUAUGGAUCGAUUGAGACAAUCAUUUCAACAUUCAAGAGUGCGAAAGCUGUCUCUUUUGGAUGUGCAACGCCAUAA